UCCUCGUUUUAUUCGAUUUGGAGACAGUUUUUUCUGUCACUGUCAAGUUUAACGUGAUUUAUAACCGUGACUUAUCAAUCAAAAUUCUAGUGAUGAAAUCUGCUAAUAAUUUUAAUAAACACAACUUUAAAAAUGAAUUGGAAGAAACGAAACACAAUUUUUUAACGUCUUUUCAAAACCUAUUACACAAUAAACUACAAAAGCAAAAUGCGUCCAAGUAUCGUAUGCGUGGAGGUGGCCUCUUACAAAACCAAAUAUUCCCCUGCAUGCCAGGCGCCAUGCCCAUGUGUCUUCAAACAAAUUCCCCCGUAAUGUACAUGCCUUCAUUGCCAAGCUUUCAGCAACAUAACGUUCCUGUUGUUGUGUGUUCACCUGUGGCGCAGCCUGCGGCAAACUCCUGUGGAUCCCCGACAUUUAUAGUAACUCUUCCCAACGCUCCAACUGCACCUCCACCUGUUAGAACAACUCUUCCGACCGCUUCUCCUGCACCUGCACCUGCACCUCCACCUGCACCUGUUAGAGCAGCUACCCAAAAAGUUCCCCCAAGACCUGCCCCAAGGAGCCGACCCCACACCGCACCAAAUUUAAGCGUGAAACAGAAACCUUCGCUUGGAAGUGCUUCACCUUCACCACCUAAGCCAUUUGAGUUUUCGAAAAAACCUCAUGAUUUUUCGCACCUCGGUGGCAAAGUGUACGUAAAAGAGGGAAAGAUCGUGCCAUGGCCUGAGGAGAUUUAUGCAGCUACUCCCAUGACACCACGGGACUACACACCCAAACCUGGGGAGUCCUGGAUGAAGUGGACAGAUGCAGUGCAAACUCCAAAAUCCCCUGUUCGCGUCAAACAAGCGACCCCUCCUCGCAUGGAAACACCAGUGCUUUCACUCACAGUGGAGCCUGUCCGAGGCGAUGGCGACGAAAGUGCAGAAGGUCAGUUAAUGGGGGUUCCCGUACAAGAUGGCCAGUUAUUUGCAUCUCUGGGGUGCUCUUCACUCUCUGACCUCAACAUCAGUCCGGAGGAAAUCGCUCAGAAUAUACUGAACAUGACCGGAUCGCAAAUAAAGGAAAAUGAGGGGUUGGCAGCGAAAGAAGCGAAGGAGAAGGCGAAUUUAGCAAAACUCAUACAAUUCUUGCAUGAGCGAAGACAUCGCGAGAUUGCGGAGAUGAUGAAGGACGCGAUGGAGGGGAGGUUGCCUGUCGGCAUGAAAGACAACACUGCAAGGUUUUGAAAAUUAUGAUCUAGUGUCUCUGUGUCUGUUAAAUAAAUUACUGUCACAAGUCAAAAGUUUGUUUUUUAUCAAAUUUCAAAUUAUUAGUUGCGAAAAUGGAAGCAAAUAAAGGUCAGAAGAUAAUAAUUCCGAAGGGAGUCGUCAACCCUAGCGAAACGACAAUUAUCGAGAUUCCGCAGUAUUUGAAAAAGACUCCAGUUAUAAUUGCACAAAAGCAAACUCGGGAAGCCAUAGAACCGCCACAGCCGAACGAACAGCGGCAGUAUAGGAGAAGAUAUUAUCCUGUUAUGAGAUGAAAUAAAACCGUUAAAUAAUGAA